GUCUGUAUGGAAAUGAAGGAGCGGGGAAGCCUUGUUGCUUCCCUGAAAUGUGUCUUUUCUUCGCGGCUGGGAGCGCUUCAUUCACGUCCCACCAAUGCCGCCCGAGUCUCCAAAAGGAGUUUGCCACAACAGCUUUAGGCUACUAAAUGAUUUUCUGGGGGAGGAUUUUUAAUCGGCGAGAUGAUGCUCGUUCUCCUGCUGGCAGCCUUUUGCUCUUCAAUCUCAAGCUCCUCCCUCUCACCCCCCUCCAUGUCAGAUGGACUCCCAAUGGCAGACCCUUCUGCUCCGGACUUGAUGUCUGAGACUUGCAGCGCCUGCUCCUGCUUGUCAGUGGAAAAUGUGCUGUACGUGAACUGUGAAAAGAUCACUGUCUAUCGACCGACGCAACUCAUUCCGCCAGUGUCGUCAUUAUACCACCUCAACUUCCAAAAUAACCUCUUAAUAAUUCUCUACCCAAACUCGUUCCUCAACUUCACCCAUGCUGUAUCUCUGCACCUGGGGAACAAUCAGCUGCAGAACAUUGAAGGUGGCGCAUUCAUGGGGAUGAGCGCCUUGAAACAGCUUCAUCUCAACAACAAUGAGUUGAAGGUGCUGCAAGCCGACACUUUUCUAGGAAUCGAAAACUUGGAGUACCUUCAAGCUGACUACAACUUGAUCAAGUACAUCGAAAAGGGAGCGUUCAACAAACUGCACAAGUUAAAAGUGGUGAUUCUGAAUGACAAUCUUAUACAGGCACUUCCUGACAACAUCUUUCGCUUCGCCUCCCUCACACACCUGGAUAUAAGAGGAAACCGCAUCCAGAAGCUUCCGUAUUUGGGUGUUCUGGAGCACAUCGGACGGAUUGUCGAGCUGCAGUUGGAUGAUAACCCCUGGAAUUGUACGUGUGACUUAGCGCCUCUCAAGGCAUGGCUUGAAAACAUGCCCUACAAUAUUUUCAUCGGGGAGGCCAUCUGUGAAACGCCAAGCGAUUUGUAUGGGAGGCUGCUGAAAGAAACAAAUAAGCAAGAACUUUGCCCCAUGGGCACGGGAAGUGACUUUGACGUUAGAAUGCCGCCCGCUAUCCCCGACACGGGUCAGGCAUCCUCCCCAACUUCUGCGGUGGCCAUUACCACAAAAUCGCCAAAAACCACAGACUCGUCGAAAAUUUACGGUAAUGGAAUUGUAGCCGGUUUACCCCCGUUUGGAAGAAAUAGCCAGAUUGUUUCUUUUCAGACACGGAGCCCCCCGAUGUUAUGCCCACAGCCGUGUAGCUGUAAAACCCACCCUUCCGAUUUUGGCAUUAGUGUCAGUUGCCAGGAAAGAAAUAUCAAAAAUCUAGCCGAUCUCAUCCCGAAACCGCCAAACGCCAAGAAACUUCACUUGAGCGGGAAUUACAUUUGCGACAUAAACCCGAUUGAUUUCCAAGGAUUCGAAGGUUUAGAUCUGCUUCACCUCGGCAGCAACCAAAUUGUCAGCAUCCAGAGAGGUGUGUUUGCUAACCUGACUAAUCUAAGACGACUGUAUCUGAAUGGAAAUCAGAUCGAGCAGUUACACCCGGAGAUGUUCUUGGGCCUCACCAAUCUACAGUACUUGUAUUUGGAGUACAAUGCCAUUAAAGAAGUUCUGGCAGGCACGUUUGAUUCUAUGCCAAACUUGCAACUGCUGUAUCUCAACAAUAAUGUGUUACGGAGUCUUCCUGCCUAUGUGUUUGCAGGCGUCUCUUUAGCCAAACUUAAUUUGAAAAACAACCACUUCAUGACCCUGCCAGUAAGCGGUGUCCUGGACCAGCUGCGCUCUUUGACCCAGAUAGACCUCGAGGGCAACCCAUGGGAGUGCUCCUGCGAUUUGGUCACUUUUAAACUAUGGCUAGACAAGCUUAGUGACGGAGUGGCAGCUAAAGAGGUGAGAUGUGCCUCCCCCGUGCAAUUCUCCAACAUUGAACUGCGGCUGCUAAAAAACGAGAUCCUGUGCCCAAAACUGAUUGCUCGGCCUCCGUUUAUUUUCACCAGCGCCACCCCGGUUUUGACGUCAGUUUCCCCCGCAGGAGUUGGCAAAGCCCCGCCGGGAGGUCCCGUACCUCUCUCGAUCAUGAUCCUGAGUAUCCUCGUUGUGCUGAUACUGACGGUGUUUGUGGCCUUCUGCCUUCUCGUCUUUGUCCUCAGAAGGAAUAGGAAACCUGCCGGUCGGCAGGAACUGGGGAAUCAGGAGUGCGGCUCCAUGUCGCUGCAGCUCCACCGGCACGGCCACAAGUCAGGCAAAAAAGGGUCCGUCCCGGGCGACGAAUUGGGAGGUGAAACGUUUAUCCCCCAAACCAUUGAACACAUUGGCAAGAGCCACACGUGCGGCAUCGGGCGUUCGUCGGACAUGGACGCGGGGUUCAAGUUUGCCGACUCCCAAAGGCAGAAAAUUAUCCUUCGAAGUAGCGCCGAAAAGGAUAAAGACGCACUUUCCACCUUGGAGCGCAACAAGCGGCUCAGCACAAUCGACGAGCUUGAGGAAUUCCUUCCGAAUCGAGAGCCCAGCAUGUUCCUCCAGAACUUCCUGGACGGCAAGAGAGAUUUCAACAGCAUAGGCAUGGGCGCCUACGAAAUCCGCUACCCGGAGAAAACACUUGAUAGAAAGAUGAAGAAAUCGUCGCUGAUAGGUGGGAACCACAGUAAGAUUGUGGUGGAGCAAAGAAAAACCAGCUGUGCGCAUACACUCCCUCGCACACACACACAUUCAACAAAAAAGUGCCUUCUGGAAAAUGGUAAUGACCAGUGCUUAGAUGGACAAAAUGGCUCCGUACUACAAAGCUUUUACAUGGAUCGACGAGGAUACACUUUACAGUGAAAGACAUUCGGAUCAUCCAUGCCACAUGUAUGAAUCGUACUUAGACACCACGAGACAGCCUACAAACAACCCGACGGUCUUAGUAUUUUUGCUGCUAUGGAAAUGGUGACUUUUUAUUUCUGGUGUUAUUUCAUUUGAGUUUUUUUGCCCUAAUCAACUCAAAUGAUCGUGGAAACAGUGCUUGAGAAAAUACCUCGGAGGCUGCUUUCCCUCUUUUUAUAACAGAAGGGUGGAAACAGGAAAAAAAAAAAAAGUGGGCACCUCAGACGUAUCCUUCUUGGAUCCUAAAUGUACAGAUAUCUGAUAACACAAAUUUCUGGGAUUAGUUACAAAGAAUGACUCAGCAGAUUCUACCUUGCUUUUUUUUCACUUUGUAAGGCUAUUUGUUUGUUCAUGAGGGAAACUCUCUGGGGCUGCUUGCAGACUCAAUGCCAUUUUGUCAGGAUUAUACACUCAUGGCAGGAUACCUCCUCAAAAUGGCUCCAGUUUUGCGUUCAUCCGAAGGCAACUGCAAAACUCUCAAGACGUUAAUUUCAUGACUUGUUUUCUUUGUGUAAAGAGCCAUGUUUAUCUAUAUCGUGUAUUCUGAAUAGAGUUGUGUGCCCCCCCCCCCCCUUCAAGUUACUAUUUCUCAAAAUAUAUGUUUUUGGGUGAAAACGAAUCGGCAAUUCAACUGUCAAGAGACGUUUCCUAAAAUGAAAACCCAAGGAUAAAAGAGUACAAAGCUGCUUGCCAUGUAAGCGUAACUUGGAAUUUAUUUUGUAAGUCUUACAUUAUUUGUAUCUGUGGGACUGGUUUGUAAAAUACACUGACAAACAUCUGCAUAUGCACACACACACACACACACACAGACACAUGCUGCUUGACGGAACAUUAUCAUCAAGAGACUACGGCCCAGAAAUGUCAAAGGGAUGGAUCAUUAAUAUGACUCAAUCAGUAAUGAGCCUGUCACCUUUUGUCAGUUCUCAAUUCCUAGUAAAAAAAGAAUUUAAAAACAUAGUUAGUUUAUUUUUCUAUGCGGGGUUAUUUAAAGAGAUUACGGUAUUAUUAAACAAAGGAUAGUGCCCUGAGAGGAACUAACUUACAUCAGAGCUAAUACAAGUCACAGGUAGAAGUGACUGUUGAUUUGGUUCAAUGUUUUCCGUGUUUUUUUUUUUUUCUGUUUGCUUAACAAGUUAACAUGAUGAACUAUGGUGAAAUGUGAUCUGUGUUGUUACGCACGACAAGCCCGGCGGAGUCUGUGAAAGCUCCGUCGGGUUCAUUCUUACACCGCCCCCCCUCCCACCACAGCAUCUUGUAAAAGGUUUCUUAUGAACUUAUGCAACCAAAAUAAAUGUGCAUUAAACUUAAUAAGGUUCUGGAUGGUUAAUAUCGCAGUGGUGAUAUUCUAAAAAUGUGCGCACUUAAGAUAAGGACAGAGUCAUAUCUUCAGACAAUGUGCAAUAUUAGGGAAUACUCAAGUAGGGAAUGGCUUCAAAUUUUGUUAGUUUUUCUUAAAGUUUGAGGGAAUAGUGUUGAAAGAAACGAUGCAGUUUAAAAUGAAUUGAUUUAACUCUAUGCGUUUUUUAUUUAAACGUGUUGUUAAGUUAAACUGAUGACGUUCAACUGUUUGUUGCCAUUGCAAAUGAGUAGAAUGUAACUUGGACAGUAUAACAAAUACCAUUUUUUUCUAUCAGUCAUAAAUCUCCUGUAUAAUGGUUAAUUUUCUCUUGUAUGAUCAUGUCAAUAUGAACGUAUUAAAAGAAGCACCCAUUUGCACUGUGUCCCCACAUUUUAUUUUGAUCACACUCCUAUGCAGUGUUGAUGGUAAAUGAAAUCAAAAGAAGUGCAAAAAUGUACAAUAUUUCCCCUGGCGAGGAUACAAAUGCGAUAAUUGGAGCAUGUUUUGUGGAAGCUUGAACUGCAAUGCCUCUUUGACUCAUGCUUUGUGUGCCACAAAUCUUUUAUCCAACAGGUAUAAAGGUUU